AUGGGGGUUCAACACUGCUGGCUGCUGUUGUUGUUGGUCGACUGCCGUGAAUGGAUUACAGGUGCUGUGAGUGACAUCAGUCCAUAUAUAAAGCAUUAUGAGGGCCUGUCAUAUGACAGGGAGGAUCUUCACAGGAUGCACUUGAGAGCCAAGAGAGCCACGCAACCUCAGGAAUAUACUCUGCAGCUGGAUUUUUCUGCUUUUCAAAGAGCUUUCCAUCUGCGUUUGAGACGAAAUGCAGCAGCAUUCUCCCCAAAUUUCAUGGUGGUCAGUGAAAAUGGUUCCACAUCAGCAGACCUCUCCCACAUAUAUUCAGGAAUACUAGAAGGUGAACAUGGUUCAGCCUGCCACGGCUCUGUGUUACAGGGUCAGUUUGAGGGAACCAUCCACACAGACAACGGGACUUAUCACAUAGAGCCGGUCCAUAGAUACACCAGCAACCAAACAGAUCACCACUCUAUAAUCUACCAUGAGGAUGACAUGGCCCUGCCAACCAUGAGACUUCGCCCUGAUGGAUUCUGUGGUGCAGAACAUCUAAGCGUCCUCGCCCAAAGCCUCAGACCCAAUGAGGAGGCACCAGUGAGCCGGUCUAGGAGGACAGUCGAUGAGUCAAAGACCAGCUGCCUGCUCCACCUCCAUGUUGACCACCUGUACUACAAGAGGUUCAAGUCUGUGGAAGCUGUUGUGGCUCAGGUUGCCUCCUACAUGCGAGCCGUGAAUGACAUCUGCGACAAGGUGGACUUCGAUGGAAUCAAGCUGAUCAACUUCAAAGUCAAAUCCCUCAGUGUGAUGACUGAGGAGGAUAAAAACGAUCCUCUGUAUCCUCUGUAUAUCGGGCCUGAGAAACUGUUGAGUCUGUACUCUGAGAACAACUGGGGCAACUUCUGUCUGUCCUACCUGCUCACUAACAGAGACUACAGCGGAGUGCUGGGACUCGCCUGGGAGGGGAAGGCUGGUAACUGGGGAGGCAUAUGUUCAAAACACACCAACCUGCGUGAUGGCCGGACCUCCACCCUGAACACAGGUCUGGUCACAAUCCAGAACUACGGACAGGUCUUGCCUCCUCGACUCGUCCAGCUAACCCUUGCUCACGAACUCGGCCACAGCCUGGGGUCUCCGCAUGAUGAGGGCUCUAACUGCGGGGAUCUGGGUUCCACUGUUGGUAAAGGCAGGUACCUGAUGUUCCCUCACGCCACAGACGAGGUGCGUGAAAACAACGACAAAUUCUCCCACUGCAGCAUCAAACACAUCAGCAGGAUCCUCAAGCUGAAGAAGGACGACUGCUUUGUGGUCAGUGAUCAGCCAAUCUGUGGAAACCAGAUUGUCGAGGAAGAUGAGGAGUGUGAUGUCGGUCACAACGACACAGACCUCUGCUGCUACAGCGCGAAAGAGCCUGUAGGAGUCCAGUGUCGCCUCAAGCCUGGUAAAGUCUGCAGCCCGAGUCAGGGUCUGUGCUGCGGUCAGGACUGUGGGUUUAAGCUGGCCGGUCAGACCUGUGAUGAGGAGACAGACUGUCAGAGAGAGAGCGUGUGUUCGGGCCUCUCCCCGCUGUGCCCCGCGCCGAGCGCAAAGGAAAACCUCACCGUCUGCAGUCAGGGCACGCGUGUCUGCCUGAACGGGAUCUGUGCUGAGUCUGUGUGUGUGAAGCACCGCCUGCAGCAGUGUGACUGUCCAGGAGACUCCAUGAAGGAGAAAUGCCACAUGUGCUGCCAGCAGCCUGAUAAGUCUGAGACCUGUGCCAGCACCACCUCUUCCGUGCUGUCUCGUCACUUCCGGAGAAAAGCGUUGCCGCUGGUCGGCGGUGCUCCGUGCUCUGGAAACCGAGGUUACUGCGAUAAAUUCCACGUGUGUCGCAUGCUGGAUGCAGACGGACCCAUCGCAAGACUGAAGAACUCCUUUCUCAAUUUGGACGACUUCGAUGAUGUGGCAGAGUGGAUGAAGGCUCAUUGGUGGGCCAUCCUGCUGGCUAUCCUGACUCUGUCUGGAGUGAUGGGCUGCACCGUCUGCCUCUGCGGCCGCACCCUCGACACCAGUGACUUGGAGUAGCCUCUGACUUUUGAUCCCUGUCACCUCUGGGAAUGCAACUAUCCUCACGGUGACGCACAAAUUCAUUUAGAUUCAUUCAUCAGGGAUUUUCAAGUGUCAGGGCCACAUUGAGGAGACUCCCUUUUUCAACUUUGUUCCAAAUCUCAAACAGCGAGUAGUCUGCAGGUGACUUGUAAAGACACGCCUGCUCAGCGCCCCUCACACUGUCUCCUGAACUGAUAUUUUUCUACAUCUUUAUGCAUCUGUCAUUUCUUUUCCCUGUGGAAUUUGGCUGUUCACAUUUCAGCAAGUGGCGAGAGUGCUCUACACCAUUCACGUGUUGUGGAAAGCGUCUCUGUUGCUGUGAGUCAGUCAGCCCCCUCAGAGGGGCCACAGAACACCUGCAGGGGUUUAAGGCCAUCUGUCCCCACAAAGACUGGUGAGACUCUCCCGUUUCAGCCUGCUGUGUCCUUGCUGUUGUGUUUUGACUUGAGCGAUAAUUUCAGCCUUGAAGAACAUCCAGCCUUCCAUCCCAGUGACACUGUAUCAGUAUCGUCACAGGAGGGUGAGAUAAGAAGUGGACAUUGGUGGUCCUCUCGACAGGGCCUUUGGCCUAAAUACUGUCAUCUGCAUUUCAUAAAUAUGCCAUUCGAAUCAACAGGAAAAAGAUGCUGAUGUUUAAGUUAAUAAAGCGACAGUAAACAUGUUUAUCAUCUCAAUGAGUAAUUGUUUACCUUUUCUGCUUUACAGCGGUGAUAAGUAACUGAAGCACAUUUACUCAGGCUCAGUACUUUUGUGGUACCUGUACUUGACUCUUCAGAGGGAAAUCCAUAAUUUUCUAUUUGACAGUUAUAAUUGAGAAUGAGCGAUUUCUUCUCUAAACAUCUCAGAUGGUUUAAUUUUUGAGGUCUCUAGUCUUUGAGCAAAGAUUAGUGUCCAAAAAAUGAUUAUAAUUUUGUGUGGCAGAACUUUUU